AUAGAAAAGAAGAAGUCUCCCCAGUCGAGGAGGUUUUUACAGCUGCUGUUAUAGAUCAGAGCAGAUGUAGUUACUAACUUUUGCCAUGAAUGUGGAAAAAUUGAGUUUGGAUUUGAGCAGUGGUCUCGAAAAUGUUCCUGUUUCUAUCGAGGGGAUUUCAGCCAUACAGACCCUUCCUCGGUUUGAGGUAACGGUAGAUCGUAAGGAUUUCAUACAGUUUCCAUUUACUUAAUCAGUGUGCCACCGCGCAGUUAUCUACAAUUGAAGAGUCAUGUCUUGCGUACGCCAUUAAAUGUAGUUGACGCUGCAUAAUUAUACUAGCUAGCUGUAUGUAUGAUGGCUAAAAGACAGGAGGUCAAUUUGUCAACUGUCCAGUUACGAAUCACUGGAGAGAUGAAGAGUGGUGUUUUUCCUGCUCGUCUAUCUUUGUGUUUCUCUGGAGUUACUGAAGCACUCAGAAAACAUCCUGCUUGUCUCAAACUAGUGAUUAUCCACUCUGCAAAAUAAAAUAAAAUAAAAUAAAUCAUUUUUUCUAACAGCAGGUGGCAGCACAUCAAAACACAUCACAGCUACAUAGGCUGAACAAGCCGGGUGUCUUGGUCGAAAUAGAGAAAUUUCUUCAGUUCACACUUUUCUCGUAGCCUUUUUUAGAGACAUAGUGUGAACAAUCAUAAAAAAAAGAAAAAAAACAUCUGCAUUGUAGAUUAUCUGAAUGUGGUAAAACCAUAGACUGUAUAUACAGUCUAUGGGUAAAACACUAUAAUCAUAUCUGAUAUAGUAAGAACAUUUUUGGAUUUCAGCUGUGAAGCUGCUUUUUAUUGAAAAACAAUUAUAUUUCAAUUAUACUAAUGAAAUACAAACAGCGCAAUGUAAUUCAUUCGUAGAGCUCCAUAGCUCGUUUGCCUAAAUAAUUGGAUUUUUUGAAGGUUUUGUCAGAGAAGUUCAGUGUGUCUGCAGGGUAUUUGACUACAUUAACCUCCUCCUGCUGGAUCCAAACACCUGAGACUUUGUCAUUGUAGUUUAGUUUAGUUCAUGAGUGAGGAAGUUUGGUAAGGAAGCUUGUGAGGAACACUGACUAAAAUGUUGAGAGUUGGUUAAAUUGCAAUAAAAGAAAACAGCAGCUCUAAGACCUGUGAUUUUAAUCUUAAUAUACAAUGACUAAUGUUAGGAACUAGCUGUUGAAGAAAAAAUGGAUUCACAUAAGUAUCGCAAUUUUUUGUUUUACAAUUUUAAAUUUGAUUUUUUGUUCAAAAAUCUUUUUUUUUUUUUAUUUAAGAAUAAAUCUUAAAAACUGACUUACAUGUUAUAUGUAUUUUUGGGGAAAUGUGGUUCCUGGGAUAGUUAGUAGAUGACCAUAAUCAUUCAACUGUUUCACUGGUGUUAAAAAUGCAGACUGAAAAUCAGCAGUAUCAUAGAAUUGCAAUUUAAAUUGAAUCGGCAUCCAAAAAAUUGUAGAAGAAUUGAAUUGGAAGAAAAGCAUAUCGUCCCAGUCCUAUUAGGAACCUCUAGAUAAUACAAGCUGGCUACUGAGAGCCCUGAUAAACCAGACCCUACAGCACAAAACAACAACAUAGAAAUGAUCUGAUUAGUUAUUUUGCUGUUUCAGCUGCAGAUCAAAUACUCUGUUCCUUAUUUUCCCUUCCAGUAUUCUCCAGACAAUAUCCAGGGACCAGGAUGCACUAUUGACCCGAGUGAAGUCACCCUUCCAGGAUGCUCCUGCAUUACCCGCUCCUGCUCCACUGAGAGCUGUUCCUGCCUGCAGAUACACGGACAGGCAUAUGACAGCACAGGCUCACUGCUUAACCAAAGCAGCACAGACUCAGGUUACUGCUCACCAGUAUUUGAGUGUAAUGCCCUUUGCGGCUGCAGUGAUGCAUGCUCCAACCGGGUGGUUCAGAGGGGGGUAAGGCUCAGGUUAGAGGUGUACCACACCAACAACAGGGGCUGGGGGGUACGGACUCUAGAGGCGAUUCCAAAUCGGACUUUUGUUUGCGAGUACGCAGGAGAGGUGAUAAGCUUUGAGGAGGCUAGGUGCAGACAGCUAGCUCAGAGACCUGAGGAAAACAACUACAUUAUUGCAGUGAGGGAGCAUGCUGGCACAGACUCUGUCACUGAGACGUUUGUAGACCCAGCAGUGAUGGGAAACGUAGGUCGCUUUCUCAACCACUCCUGCCAGCCCAACCUUCUCAUGCAGCCAGUCCGUGUGCACUCUGUGGUUCCCAGACUGGCACUGUUUGCUGGCCGGGACAUUAAUGCACUGGAGGAACUGGUGUUUGACUACUCAGGAGGAUACAGCAACCAGCCACCUGCAGAGGCGCCCUCCACACACAGAGCUAAUAUAGCGCAGGCUAACAAGCCGGACCAGAGAAAAAAGUGUCACUGUGGGGCCAACAACUGUCAGCUGUUCCUUCCACUGGAUUUAUCGAUUCUCAGCUGAAAUGAUUUGAGUUGGAUUUUUCUCACCUUUAUUUUUUAGUUUUAGGUUAUCGUAUUUCUAAGUAAUGAAGGAACAAUCACUCUCAAGCCUUGUGUCUUUGCAGAUUUUAUUUUGAAAGGUCUACUCUGUAUUGUAUUGGUCUAUUUAAAUUCUCAGUUAGUUUAACCCUUUGUUGGAACAAGACAAAAUGCAACAUGUUGAUUUACCCAGAAACCCAAUCAGCUGGGUGAGUCAUGCAUGUGGUCUUCAUUGUUUUCUGCUUUGUUCCUCUUGUGAUCACUUGGUCUUCCAUUCAGUUUAGGAUGCUUCAAUGAAAUCUGAACCACAAAGCCAAAGAAAAAAAAAAAAGAAGAAAAAGCUGGAUAAAUGCUUUUUUUUCAACAGACCAAAGUUGUUUACAGCUUUGUGUUUUCUAUGAACAAAACAAAGGAUGCUUGUUCUGUGCUUAACAAUUUUACAACUGUCAUCCAUUCCUGACGCAAAUGAAUCUCAGACAUCUUUUAAGGCAACAAAAAUGAGAGACACAGUGUGUAAAGAUAACUCAGAUAAUCAAACAGGCAGAAAAACUGAUCUAUCUGCCCCAUAUCUGUAAAGUAAGCUGCCAUUGCUGAGAAUAAACAUCAGCAUUCUUGGUUGAAGAAUCGCUGGUAUGUGUUUCCAUCAACUUGGCAUUUCUUUUGCGUCUUCACGCAUUUCCUACCAGAGAGAUCUCUGGUUUCUCAUCGUGCUCAAACCUCAGGAGAGGUGGGACCAAUUAAAAAGGGCCAGGGGGUAUUUUUUUAUAUAGAAACGGACUUUAUUCCCCUGUCAGAGGAGGGGUGAAGGUGUCCCACUUUAGUGUGACCAUUCUGAAAUCAGGGCUUUCUCUUUUCAAUCUGCCCCCUUUCUAGUCUAGACCUGCUUUCAUCUUAUUAAUAUCCACAUCUGGGUUAAUUAGGAUGGAGACCGUUUUUAAUCUAGAAAUAGGACCCGUUCUACAGCCACACGAGAGCCGAGAGAAACUAAAUGGUGGGGGAAGAUGGAAGCCCUCUGUUGAUCGGAGACCACUGUCAAGUUGCCUGGUUUUUGUGUCACCCAGAUGAAAGGCAGAUGUUGCAUCUGUUUUAAAAUAAAAACUGAGACACCAUGACGUCCUACAGGUAUUUAGCCACUUGGGCAGUAUCUCUCUCAAAGCCACUCUAUAUUUAUUAAUAUCUUGUAUUCAUUCUACUCAAAUAAUAACUUCCUGGCCAGUGGUACAGAUGUUGUUAAGUGAAGUCUUGAAAAUGUAGACAGCCUUUUUUGAUAAUGAUAACCUCAGCUUAUUGGUAACUUACUAGUAGCUUUAUGUUAAACACACACACUUAAGAGUGGUCUCAGUAUUUCAUGUCAGUAGGUUGUAAAACAACAUAGAAAACAUUCCCCACCAAAACAAAUUUGCUUUAAAUAAUGAUGCACUCGAUCAGCUCCUACAGUAGUGGACCAAACCAAAGUCAGGUGUGUGAUCAACCUUGAACGAAAGCAUGAGAUCGUUUUUUAUAAUUGGUACUCGGACAAAGUGUGGUACAGUUAACACUGUGCUGCCAUGUAGAGCGUCGGCUGGAUAUCUGCUGUGGCUGUGACCUUGGAGAAAACUAGGACUGACCAAAGGAAAGAAAUGUAUUAAAAAAAUCUGGGUCAAGGCUUCCCUUUUCACCACCAACGAGAGCACAAUAAACCAAAGAAUCAGCUUUUUAUUUGCAGGACAAGAAUAUGCCUCCAGUCCUCUUGAUUUGAGGCCCUCUUUGCUUUGUUCUAGUGAUAAAUAAGACUCCACUGUCUGGCCAACAAUUCUAUUACAAGCAGAAUAAAAAUCUAUUUCACCUCAAA